AGGAGGGGAUCCCCAACGCGGCGCGGAGAGCGGAGCAGAGUGCACUGCAGGCCGAAAGUCAACCGAGUCAACCCCGAGCCAGCUGAGCAGCGCAGUGGAGGCCGAGUGAAGGACAACCAGCCGGGAGGGGAAAUAGGACUUCGGACCACCGUUAGCGCAAUUGUCUUCCCUGUUGUAAAGACAGCUAGACGGAAGUAAGUGGCGAUGAGAGGGCGCGUGGGGUUACUGCUUUGUGCGUGUGUGCUCGCGCUGUGGACGGACUGCGCGAGGGCCGACACCCCCGCCAACUGCUCCUUCGAAGACCUGCUGGGCACGUGGGUGUUCCAGGUGUCGGAGGGAGGCAAAGACAAGAGCGUCAACUGCUCAGAAUCAGGUGGUGCGGUGAAGAGUGUGUCCAUCUCUCUUGAGAAGCUCUCUCUGGCCGUGGACGACAUCGGCAACUCUGGAUUCUUCACUCUAAUCUACAACCAGGGAUUCGAAAUCACACUCAACGACUACAAGUGGUUUGGCUUCUUCAAGUAUUCCGGUUCUGGUUCGGAGGUAGUGAGCUACUGUGACCAGACUCUGCCCGGUUCUGGUUGGGUCCACGACGUGCUGGGGAACAACUGGGCCUGUUUCACUGGCAAGAAGAUCCAGAGGAUAGCACCACGCACACACACCACGCCACACACACACCCACGGCUACUGCAGGCUCCGUGGAAGGCGAGUGCUGAGUUGGUGUCGGCCAUCAACGCGGUGCAGAGCGAUUGGAGAGCAGCGAGCUACGAUGAUGACAUCACACACACACUACAGGACAUGAUGAACCGGGCCGGAGGAGCACGAUCACACAUCCCCCAGCGUGUUCGCCCCGCCCCCGUUUCCAUGGAGCUGGCCAAGUUGAAGGCGGGGCUUCCGGAACACUGGGACUGGCGGAAUGUGGGCGGAGUCAAUUACGUCAGCCCGGUCCGCAACCAAGCGUCGUGCGGUUCCUGUUACUCCUUCGCCACUAUGGGGAUGUUGGAGUCUCGCGUCAGGAUCCAGACCAACAACACACACACUCCCAUCUUCAGCCCCCAGCAAGUAGUGUCCUGCUCCCAGUACUCACAAGGCUGUGACGGAGGGUUCCCGUACCUGAUUGGUAAAUUCGUUCAGGAUUUCGGCAUCGUGGAGGAGAACUGUUUCCCAUAUAAGGGCGUGGACUCGGAGUGUUCUGUCCCCGCCUCCUGUGGGCGUGUCUACGCGGCUGACUACCACUACGUGGGCGGUUUCUAUGGCAACUGUAACGAGGCCGCCAUGAUGGUGGAGCUCGUUAGGGAUGGACCAAUGGGCGUGGCCUUUGAGGUCUACCCAGACUUCAUCCACUACAAGGAGGGAAUCUACCACCACACAGGUACACACACACACACACACACACACACUUUGACACAUGACGACUUGGCUGCGAUGAUACGUUUCGCGUUGGGAUCUGAGAUCUUUAUACAUUGCAGAAGAAAAGGCAUCAAUUUUCUAUUAACCGAAAGUUGGGUUUUAUUAACCCGUUAA